AUGUUUCAAUCUAUUGCUCGACCUGCUGUAACUCCUGAAAAAUCAUUAUCAUUAUCAAAUACAAUUAUACAAAUGAAUGAUGCAUUAGUUCAAUCAGCUGUUUCAAAGAUUAAACGAACAUUAGAUACAGUUCAUGAACAAGUUGUUCUUCGAGAUACUGAACGUCGACAAAAAAUAACUACUAGUGAUCACCUUUUUGCAAAAAAUAUUCGUCUUGAAGAGAAUGAAAAUGUUGAAGAACUCACAACAGAUUCAACAUCAUUUGAAGCACAAGUAAAUGCAAAAAUGAAAGCAGCAAUACGAACUAUUGGUGCAAUAACACCAAUUGAAGAUUUUAAAAUUUUAAGGGUACCCCCCCCCCUCUUUUUUGACACUUUCUGUUUCUCGAAGACGGUACGACCGAUCAAGCUCAAAUUUUCAGCACAGAUAGAGCAUCAAAAAUAACGAGAUACAUGUUCGAGGAAAAAAAUUUAAACUAAGUUUUUAUGGGGUUUUCAGGAAAACUCUGGUUUUCCAGAGGUCCGCAUCCUGAUACAUUACGACCCCCCUUAAAUUUUGUCUGAUCGGGCGUACCGUCUUCGAGAAUCAGAAAGUG